AUGAACUAUAUAUUCUGCGUAGUUAUUUUGGUAACAAGCCAGGGGGCUGGCAUCAUUGGUGUGAAUGCAAACUUUGACGGCUGGCAUCAAUUUAACAAUCAUCAUUAUUAUGAUGAUCCAUACUUGGAAAGACCUUGUGUUGUUCACGACCUGAAUUGCAUCCGUAGUUUCUUUGCCAAAAAAACUGGAUGCUCACCAGUGCAUGGAACACUUCGCGAUCCUAUUUUGAAGGAGCUAGAAUUUGAUAUACCCUUUGUUAAUGUAACACUUGAACUGAACAAUGCUUUACUAAGAGGACUUAGUAAAGGACACGUCAGAACCUUUUUCAUUAAUAAAAGAACAGACUCAUUAGUUUUCGAAGUUGAAUUUGAUAAUCUUCAAAUUGAAUCUCUCGAAACUGUAGUUUCCCAGUACUUUAAGGGCAGAGAACCAGUUGUGGCUACUGAUGCUACAUCUGCUGAAUUUAGAGACUUAUCGCUGACGUUAACCAUAAGAAAUAUCUAUGACGUUAAACAUAUCAAAAGCCACGUUCAUGCUCACGUCUCUGACCCAUAUCCAGAUGUAUAUUUGGGCCCAGGAAUCACACAUAAGAAAAAAGCACGUUAUUUAGAUAAUACUAGAAAAGAAUAUGGUCAAGAAUCACAAAUCCAUAACUUAAAUCUUCCUAAUCAAAAAAAUGACAAAGAAAUCGUCAAAAGACCCUGUUCCAUUAAUGACAUCGACUGCAUUCGUAGUUUCUUUGCAUAUAACUACAAGUGUUACCCCAUGCAUGGGUUAGCCCCAGACCCUUAUAUUCUAAGCAGUGUGCCAAUAGAGUUGCCCCAUGCUAAUAUGACAAUGACACUUUAUGAUGCUAAAGUUCAAGGCCUCAACUCGGGAAGAAUUCAAGAAUUUUACAUAAACAAAAAUACUGAUACACUGGUUCUGGAAGUGGAAUUUGAGAAGGUGGUAGUAAACACGCCUAACACAUUGAUGACUUAUCACCGUAAAGGCCAGGAACCUAUAAAAGCUUCAGAUUUGACUCUUAUCGAAUUUAGAAACAUGUCAUUGACCUUGACUACUGCCGUUAGUAAAAUGACUCCUUACAAUACCUUCGUAUAUCUCUACCUACCUAAUCCAAAACCAUUGUUACAAGUGGGUUCUGGACUGCUGCGCUCUAAGGAAAGAGAUCAAUCAGCAUUGGAUAUAACAUGGAUGAAUAACAUUGAAUUGUCAGUUAAAGAAGCGUUCGUCAUAGUUGGUCCAAUUUAUAUGGCUGCGUUUCUGAAUAGCAAGAUAUGUGAUUUUAGCAACGAAUAA